UCUUCAUUGUUCCCCGCUUUUCAUAUUUUGCUGAAAUUCAGCUCCAAACAGCAAAUGCAGAAUUCAGAGCAAAUGGCACUCUUCUUAUUCCUCCACCAAAGCUAAGAAUGGAUAUCCUUGAAGGUAUGGCUGAAGAGAUCUUCAAAUACACAGCAUAUCCCAGUGACUCCCAAAUUGAAGAGGCUGCUGAAGUUCUGGUGCAUACUCAUCCAUGCUUGAUGCAAAGAGGAACUUGUGCUGGCCAUGAGGGAUGGAAACAGUAUCUAAAGACUAAGGUUGCCAAUUUUCGCACAAAACUUUGCAAGAUUGGACUCCUAGAGGUCAGCAUAAACUCUCUCAAGAACAAGUGCAGAGGUCAAGACAAGGCAGCUGCAAACAUCAAAAAACCACGGAAAGCAGAGGUAAACUUCCUGCCAUCCCUCCCUGGGGGUGAAACAAGAGAGAGUCUUGAAGAUGAACGGGUAGCUCUCUUGACAGAGGUGAAAAAGAGAAACAAUGAAGCUGUGGUCAGGGAGAAAAUGCAGAGGACCUUUUCCUACAGACGUCAGGAGGUUGUCCAUAACGAACCUGUGAUCACUGAAUUUGUAAACAGGUGGCCUGCCUUGUUUACAGUGAGUGAAAUAAAUGCUGAAUUCAUGCGUAUAACAACUUUGCCGCUUCAAGCCAAGUUCUUCGGACAACUUGACCAAUACACAGCUAACUUGAUCAAGAUCUUCAACAGCAGAGGCGGGGCUGCUGGAAAGAAGAUCCGAUUGCUCAUGGCUCCGAUAGCUAAGGCAAGUGCAUUAAACUGUUGCAUUACUUAACUAAGUAAAAUCUGUCUUUCAGUCUAACACUUGGUUGAGAAGGGUUACUAUAUUAUUAAAACUGGAAUUUUUAAAUGGAAUUUCACAAAGUUUUAUACAAAUCAAUAUAUAACUCUGAGGAUGUUUUCACAGCAGUAGUUUGGUU